CUUCUCUCACCCCAAUAGCACUGACUCCUCUAUCCUCCCUUUUGUAACCAUGAAGUUGGUCAAGACCAUCUUCAUCAUGGCUAUAGCCAUGGCUCUAAUCAUGGCAUGCACCGGCACGGUUACGGUGGAUGAAGUGGCCGACUCCAUCCCGACCAACCUCCCAUCGUCUCAAGACCAUCCAUCUUCUCUCCGAGGGAUAAGCCGCUUUCUCGCUCAGGAGAAACCGAAAACGCUCAAAUGCUGGCAGAACCCAGAUAUCUGCCUACCCCGGGGAAGCCCUGGUCCCAGCUGUUGCAGAAACAAGUGUGUGAACCUGAUAACGGACCGCGGGAAUUGUGGAGUUUGCGGGAAAAUGUGCAAAUACACUGAGGCUUGUUGUAGGGGGGAAUGCGUUUACCUUUCAUUCGACAAGAGGCAUUGCGGUCGAUGCAACAACCGAUGCGCAAAAAGCGAUUAUUGCAUAUAUGGCAUGUGCAAUUACGCUUGAGAGGACAUGAGAUUCGUCAUACAUUCCUAAGGAAUAAAAGCCGCCGUGUGAUUUGUUAUGUGGGGCUCAGUUCAUUUGCAAGUUCCUCUUUGUGGGCUGAGAGAUUUCCUAAAUGUAAUUCGUAAUUAUAGUUUAAGUUAAUUUAUACAAGUUAACAAAUUAUGUUUGAUAUUAUUCAUCAUGACCGUUCAUCUCAUUUUCAAUAAUUAUAGAGAGGGAGAGAGCG